AUGAAUUAUGAACGAGAAGACCAUACAGCAUGCGUAUUAAUAGAUGAAAAAGUGCUAGUUGCCGGUGGACGGAAUGAUGCUGGUUCUCUGAAUACUGUUGAGCUGUAUGAUCCAUCAACAGGAUUUUGGACAAUGACUGGUAGCAUGAAUAUUGCACGAGCAGAACACGCAGCCUCCAUGUUAACAAAUGGAAAGGUGUUAGUUACUGGUGGAGAAAAUGAUAUUGGUGAUAUUCUAAAUAGUACUGAGCUAUAUGAUCCAUCAACAGCAACUUGGACAAUGACUAGUAGUAUGAAUACUGCACGAAAAGAACACACAGCCUCCGUAUUAACAAAUGGAAAGAUAUUAGUUACUGGCGGAUAUAAUGGUACAGAUUAUAUAAAGAGUGUUGAGUUGUACGAUCCAUUAACAGACACUUGGACAUAUACUAGUGAUAUGAAUUAUCAACGAGCAGGGUAUAUCCAAUCUGUCUUAACCAAUGGAAAAGUAUUAGUCGCUGGUGGAUUAGAUGAUACGCAUCUAAAUAGUGCUGAGUUGUAUAAUCCAUUAACACAAACUUGGACAAUUACAAACAACAUGACUCAUGCUCGAUGGACUCCUACAGCAUCUGUAUUAACAAAUGAAAAAGUGUUAGUUGCUGGUGGACUAACUGAUGAUUAUGUCUAUAAUGCAGAGUUGUAUGAUCCAUCAACAGAAACGUGGACAACUACUGGUAGCAUGAAUAUUAGUCGAGAAGAUCACACAGCAUCCAUAUUAACAAAUGGGGAUGUAUUAGUUGCUGGUGGAUUUAGUGGUGGUUAUCUAACUGCUAGUGCUGAGUUGUAUCAUCCAUCAACAGAAACUUGGAUAACUGCGGGUGAGAUGAAUAUUGGACGAUUUGGUCACACAGCAACCGUAUUAAUAAAUGGAAAGGUGCUAGUUGCUGGUGGAAGUAAUGGUGGAAUUUUGAAUAGUACAGAACUAUAUGAAUCAUUUCAAAUAAACUAA